AUGCUAUGGUAUUCAACCUGUAAUCCCAUCAUUUGCUACUUAAUAUCAAAUGGAAUAAAAUAUCGAAAUGGCUCCUCGACAAUUGUUUAUGCAGAAGGAUUCGGGUUUGUCUUUGUAUAUCUCCUCUACUAUCUUAUUACCUCAAUAUUAAAUAAACGAUAGCAUGGAUAGAUUUGGUCUAAAGACCGCUCUGCCUUUUUAAAAAAAGAUGGUGGCAUUAAUUACGUGAAUUUACUAGGGAUGUUAAUCCGAGUAUUAUUUCAAGGAUUGGCAUUGAUAAACAUGGGUUUAAUGUCUUAUUACUCAAAGAAAGCAGGUAUUAGUACGACUACCUCAAAGUCCACAUCAACCCAAGUUAAUGAAUCAUCUGAAAUAUCUGUUUUAAUACCUAUUUUACUUGCUCUUGGGCAGUGCAUACUAUUUACAGGAACAGCUUUGACAGUAAGGAUAGUCAGCAAGCAAGGCUAUAGCACUCUUUAAUUUUCAUUUGACAUAGGUCUAUUAUUAGGAAUAUUCUACAUUGGAAUGUUUAUUUAUGAGCAUUACAAUGUAUAGCCAUAUUAAUUCAGUGAUGUGAUAUAUUUCUUCGUAGCUGCUUUCAUUUUAAUUCUCUCCAUAAUGACUUAGAAUUAUGCUUUAAAAAUGGGCAAGGGCGGACUAGCCAGUGCAAUUGUUUAGACUUAAUGCUUUUUCUAACUCUUGAUUGAAAUAACUUUCGACAAAAAAAUUCCUAAUUUGAUGUAAAUAAUUGCACUAAUUUGCGGUAUAUUAGGAGCAGUGACAAUUGCUCUUGCAAAGAAUUGA